AUGAGCUAUUGGUAUAGACCAAAUGCAUUAAAAAGAAAAUGGGGAAGUUAUGGAAGUAUUCAUAACGACCAAUAUUAUGAUAAUUAUAAUGAUUACUCAUUUAACAAUGGAAUGAAUAAUAACUAUGAUCCAGAUAAUGGAGAAGAUGAAUAUUUUGAAGAAGAAGAUGUAGAUUUACAUCCAGACAGCUAUCAAUCUAGUACUUAUUUUGAUCCAGACAAUGAACCAGACAGAGUAAAUAAACCAGACAUAAUAGAUGAAGAAUUUAACAAAACAGAAGAUUCAGCAUUUGAUGAUCCAGAUUAUGAAGAAUAUACUAAAGAAAUACAUAUCGAUGAAGAACACAUUGAAGAAAACAAAGAACAAGAAACCGAAGAAGAAGAAAAUGAAUUACCUCUACAAACAAUAGUUGAUCCAGAAAAUCCAAAUAAUAUUUAUACAUAUGAUAAUAAUACUAUAGAAUUAUUAAAAGAUAUGAAAAUAAAUAUUAACAAUAAAAAGGAAAUAAUAAAAGCGUUACAAGAUAUACAAGAUGACAUUAGACAAAACAAUUAUGAGAAUUUAAAAAAUGCAAUAAAAGAAGAAGGAGUAGAUAAUACAAUCCCUGUAAUAGAAGAAAGAGGAGAUGAUAUAAUAGUACAGAAUAUAGAUUAUGAUGAAAUAAAAGAUAAACAAAUGGAAGAAAUAGAAAUACACAAAGAUGAAAAAGAACCAGAUAGAAAUAUUAUACCACCUAGACCACCAAGAGAGAAUAGAAAUACUAUUAAAGAAUGGAUAGAUAAAAAUAGAGAUAAUUCCAAAAGAAAACAUCAUUUAGAAGAUACUAAUGAAUAUCAAGAAAAGAGAGAUUUUGAACGAGGAAUAAAAAUAGAAGAAUUACAACAGUUCUUACCAUUAGAAGAGAAACAAGAAAGAGAAGAAGCAAUAAAUGAAACAAAAAUAGAAAUUCCACAAAAUGAAGCAUUGAACGAAAAAGAAGAAGUUCAAAAUAAUGAAAUAAUGAAUAAUUCAUUACCAAAUGAAAAAAUAGAAGAGAAAAGAGAAGAAAAAGAAGAAAAAAGAAUCAAAAAACCAGUUAUUGUCAAAAAAGAACGAAAACUCAAAGAAGUUAAGAAGUUUGAUUCUAAAUUUAAUUAUAAAGAACUCUUCACUGACGUUAAAAACAGAAAACGUGAAGUUGAUGAAUUAGAAAAAAGAUAUAGAUUACUUACUAAAGAUAUAUUACACAAUUAUAAACCAACACAAAAGAAAGAAGAAAAUGAUUCCAAAAAUAUUCUACCAGAACAAAUUAAACCAAUAAUAGAACAAGAAGAAGAAGAUUUAAGAGUUGAAGACAUUCCAAAAGAGUUAACAAUACAAGAUCAACAAAAAUAUUGGAAUAACUUUAAACAUAAUGACGAAAACGUUGAUGUAAAUGAAGAUGAAGAAGAAAUAGAAGAAGAUAUAGAAGAAGUAGAAGAACCAGAAAUAGAAUAUGAGUACGAGUAUGAGUUCUAG